GCUGAAAAUGCCUGGAAGAUUUCUGGUUUCUGUUACUACCUGUCCUGCCUUUUUGCAUCACCACCUGAUUUGGAUGAUGUGAUAUUCAGAGGGACGCCUUAAUUGAAGUCAUUCUUCAGUGAGUCGCCUCUGGCGGGAGGUCGUAGACUUGAUUCAAGAUGGCCAGUCAGCCACCAGACAACACAGCAGAGGCUCAGGUCUCUGACGAGCUCGAGUGUAAGAUCUGUUACAAUCGGUACAAUCUGAAGCAGAGGAAACCCAAAGUGCUGGAGUGUUGUCACAGGGUUUGUGCCAAAUGCCUCUACAAGAUCAUCGACUUUGGGGACUCCCCGCAAGGCGUCAUUGUCUGUCCUUUCUGUAGGUUUGAGACCUGCCUGCCAGAUGAUGAAGUUAGUAGCCUGCCCGAUGACAACAACAUCCUGGUAAACUUGACUUGUGGAGGCAAAGGCAAGAAGUGCCUGCCCGAAAACCCUACCGAGCUGCUGCUGACCCCCAAGAGGCUGGCGUCUCUCGUCAGUCCUUCUCACACUUCCUCCAACUGCCUGGUCAUAACCAUCAUGGAGGUGCAGAGGGAGAGCUCCCCGUCUCUGAGCUCCACUCCCGUGGUGGAAUUUUAUAGGCCUGCAAGUUUCGACUCUGUUACCACCGUGUCACACAACUGGACUGUGUGGAACUGUACAUCUCUACUCUUCCAGACAUCUAUCCGGGUGUUGGUUUGGCUGCUAGGUUUGCUCUACUUCAGCUCCUUACCCUUAGGGAUCUACUUACUGGUGUCUAAGAAAGUCACCCUUGGGGUCGUCUUUGUCAGCCUUGUCCCUUCGAGCCUUGUUAUUCUCAUGGUGUAUGGGUUUUGCCAGUGCGUUUGUCACGAAUUUCUAGACUGUAUGGCACCUUCUUCUUAAUUAAUAUGCAGACUAAGAAAUUUGACACACAUUGCCAUCCUUGAAGUUAGGUAAUUUAUCAUUUAUUUAUUUUAUAUUCUCCGUGACUAGUGUCCAUGACAUUAACAAAGCCAUUAGCCAAAUGUUUGUGGUCUGUUUUUCAUCAAAAUUUUGACUCAAUUGGUUUUCCUGUAUGCUGGACAUAAAAAAAUGUUCCUUUCUACUUAGGUGUUAGCAAAGAUGCAAAAAUGUGUAAGCUAAGCCUUCACAGAGCUCUUCUUGUGAGUCUGCCCACAGAAAGGGUGGGAUUUCACUUAACCCUGCUGGACAGGCACCAGGGGAGAGGUGUGUUAGGCUGUAGUAGGGGUCUUUGUGGCAGGUUACGGAUGAACUGGUUCCUCUAAUCCUCGAUAAUCUAUGAUGGAGGGUGGACACAAGAGGAAAGCUGUUCCAAGACACAUCUACUUGAAAAAUGUGACCUGUCCCUGCCCUGCUCCCCCUCCCACAUCCCCCUCCCACAUCUCUCUCCCACACACCUUCUGCACCCCCUUCCUGCACCCCCUCAUGCCCCCCUUCUGCACCCUCCUCCCGCAUCCCCCUCCCGC